GAUUCUAUAUUUACGCAGAUGGUUCCUUUGGAGAAACAGUUAGGGACGACAUUGCUAAGUUGUAUACAUGGAUUUCCAGAGGAACUCAAGACUGUCAAAUGCGCUUUUGGUAUCAAAUUAUGGGAGCUGGUACUAGUUCUUUGCACGUCAUUCUUGAAUAUAGUGCUGUGAAAAAGGAGGUUUGGAUGCAGCUUCUUGAAAAGGGUCAACAGUGGACAGAGGCUAAUGUGUAUAUAGGGAGAGGACUCAAUUUUUCAAUUGUCAUACAAGCUAGGCGUACUGUAAAUCAUAUCGGUGGUGGUAUAAGCAUCGAUGACGUCAGGCUCAUUAACUGUAAUCAAUCAAUUAAUAUAACCGAUGAAUGCGCGCCUAGUGAAAUGACGUGUUCUAACAAGCAAUGCAUUGACCUUGAACAAGUCUGUGAUUACGGCAACGAUUGUGGAGACUUUUCAGACGAAGCAUACUGUGAAGGCUAUCCUGCAACAUGCGACUUUGAAGUUGACUUCUGCGACUGGCGACAAGUAUAUAAUGACGAUUUGGAUUGGAUAAUAAAGUCCACUAAGACGAGUUCAUAUUAUAUUGGAUCUGGACCAAUAACAAGCGAUCAUACUUUGAAAAUCGAUUACGGUCACUAUAUCCAAGCAAGUUCCGGAGAAAAUGGUACCGUUGCCCGACUUGAAAGCUCAUCGAUAAAAAUGCUGAGUAAGGACUGUGAG